GAAGCGGAGGACCAUGCAGCAAGAGAAGAAGAAAAAGAUCACGAAACGGGACAAGAAGACGAUGUAGACGAAGAUGAAUUCGCACAGAUAGAAGAGGAUCCAAGAGUGGAUGAUGCUCAAUGCGACAGGCUUGAGAGUAAGGACGACGAGGCAGUGGAGAUACAGGUUCCGGCGCACCAGUUCCCUCGAGACGAUGAUCCAGCGGAAAUCCAAAUUUCAUGGGACGAAGCUGUGCAGGAGCUCCUCCGGGACGGCACAGAAUCGGAAAGUAUGGAAGAAGUAAGAGAAGAAGACGAGCACGCAGAGAUAGAAGCGGAGGACCAUGCAGCGAGAGAAGAAGAAGAAGAAGAUAACAAAGCAGGAGAAGCAGACGAUGUAGACGAAGAUGAAUUUGCACAGAUAGAAGAGGAUGCAGGAGUGGACGAUGCUCAAUGUGACGGGCUUGAGAGUGAGGACGACGAGGCAGCGGAGAUACAGGUUCCGGCACACAAGUUCCCUCAAGACGACGAUCUAGCGGAAAUCCAAAUUUCGUGGGACGAAGCGAUGCAGGAGCUCGUCCGAGACAGCACAGCAAGCUUGGAAGGUAUGGAAGAAGCACGACAAGAAGACGAGCACGCAGUGAUAGAAGCGGAGGACCAUGCAGCGAGAGAAGAAGAAGAAGAAGAUAACAAAGCAGGAGAAGCAGACGAUGUAGACGAAGAUGAAUUUGCACAGAUAGAAAAGGAUGCAGGAGUGGACGAUGCUCAAUGUGACGGGCUCGAGAGUGAGGACGACGAGGCAGCGGAGAUACAGGUUUUGGCACACCAGUUCCCUCAAGACGACGAUCUAGCGGAAAUCCAAAUUUCGUGGGACGAAGCGAUGCAGGAGCUCGUCCGAGACAGCACAGCAAGCUUGGAAGGUAUGGAAGAAGCACGACAAGAAGACGAGCACGCAGUGAUAGAAGCGGAGGACCAUGCAGCGAGAGAAGAAGAAGAAGAAGAUAACAAAGCAGGAGAAGCAGACGAUGUAGACGAAGAUGAAUUUGCACAGAUAGAAAAGGAUGCAGGAGUGGACGAUGCUCAAUGUGACGGGCUCGAGAGUGAGGACGACGAGGCAGCGGAGAUACAGGUUUUGGCACACCAGUUCCCUCAAGACGACGAUCUAGCGGAAAUCCAAAUUUCGUGGGACGAAGUGAUGCAGGAGCUCGUCCAAGACAGCACAGCAAGCUUGGAAGGUAUGGAAGAAGUACGACAAGAAGACGAGCAUGCAGUGAUAGAAGCGGAUGACCAUGCAGUGAGAGAAGAAGAAGAAGAAGAAGACGAGGAUGUGGUGGUAGACGAGGACUUUGCACAGAUAGAAGAGUAUGAUCCAGGAGUGGACGAUGAUCAAUGUGACUGGCUCAAGAGUGAAGACGACGAGGCAGAAGUUGACAAUUGGAUAGUCGAGCCUAAAGAGGACAAGGAUCCGACAGGAGGUGCGGCAGUGCCAGAUCUCGACGAGCAGGCAAAAGACGACUAUCUCGUGGCUGUGCCAUAUCAAACACUGGAGCCUGAAGAUCAACUCGUGGCAGUGGCACCACGAGAUCCAAGCAUGGAUGAGGAAUCAAACGACGAUGAUCUAGUCGUGGCAGCGAACGCGGCGACAGUGCCAGAUCCAGAAGCUCCGGCGGCUGUGGAACCAGACUUCUACGAACAGUUCUCUCCGGAUUUCUGGGCUUUGCCUCGCAGCUACGACCAAUUUCUCGACAAUUUGUUUUUACAAACGACCCUUUUGUUCGAUCUCAUGUAUUAAUUCGCGCCAAUAAUAUAUUUGUGCCCUA